AUGACCGCCCUCUUUAUGGACCUGUCAUCCCGCACGCCUUCCUUGCCAGCAACCACCCCGUCACAACCCCCGACUAUCGGCCUGGACUACGCCAAGUAUAAGGGAGUGUCGCUGGACAACGGCGUGGAUCAAUACCUAGGAAUGCGGUUUGCGAGGCCGCCGUUGGGCGACUUGCGGUUCCGUGCACCCCAGGAUCCGGAGCACUACAGCGAGGUGCAGAGCGCGACAGAGUUCGGGUCUAUCUGUGUUGGUGUCGGGCAAUCUGUUCGCGACAAUCUCGCAGAGGACUGUCUGUUUGUUAAUGUCUGGAAGCCAACCAACGCUUCCAUGGAAUCCAACCUCCCUGUGUGGUUGUUCAUUCAAGGGGGUGGGUACGCCGAUAACACAAAUUCCAACUAUAACGGCACCAAGGUUGUGGAGAAAUCAGGGCACAAUAUUGUCUUCGUCAACUUCAACUAUCGCGUCGGCGUCUUGGGAUUCCUGGCCAGCGAAGAAAUCCGUCAGAACGGCGACCUCAAUGCUGGUCUGCUCGACCAGCGCAAAGUCCUCAGCUGGGUGCAGAAGUACAUCCACAAGUUUGGAGGGAACCCUGAACAUGUGGUCCUCCACGGCGAUUCAGCUGGAGCUGGCUCCGUCGCUCACCAUCUUACCGCGUAUGGCGGCCAUGACUCGAACCUGUUUGUGGGUGCGGUGGCCGAGUCUCCUUUCUGGCCGACUCAACGGACAGUGCCAGAGAUGGCAUUCCAAUACGAGCUCUUUGUCAACGAUACCGGCUGUAAUGCAUCCGCGGAUGCCCUGUCCUGUCUACGCUCCACCGAUAUCGCCACGAUCCAGAAGUAUAACGUUAAGAGGCCCUUUCCCGGCGGGAGCGACUCUCCCCUUCCACUGUGGUACUUCCUCCCAGUGGUAGACGGCGCCCUCGUCCCUGACCGUCUAUCCAGCCUCUUCGAACAAGAUAAGAUGAUUCACGUGCCCCUCAUCGUGACAGACGACACCAACGAAGGCACACCCUUUGGCUAUAACGCCGCUAACUCUGCCGAAGUGGCUCAGUUCAUAAAGAAUAAUUAUCCGGGCCUGGACGAGAACCAUCUCAGCGAGAUCAAGGAGGCAUACCCGAAGCUCGACCCCCUUAACAAGCAUAAAGCAUACUUCCCCUCCGCAUCCAGAGCCUAUGGCGAAUCAACAUUUAUCUGCCCGGGGAACUUGAUGGCAGCGGCUAUGUCGAAACACUUUUCCCCAGAACAAGUCUGGAACUACCGAUUCAACGUCCGCGGUCCAGCCGAGGCCGCGAAUGGCAUGGGUGUACCGCACGUCUUCGAGAUACCUUCUAUUUUCGGGCUAGGACAGACCAACGAGAACGAGUAUUCAUUUGCCACCAUUAAUGCGAAUAUCAUUCCGGUCACGAUGAAUUACUACCUCAGUUUCAUCCAGGAACUGAAUCCGAACACUCUCCGCCUGCCGCGGGCGCCUAUUUGGGAUCCUUGGGGGUCUGGGACGCCCCAGCGAUUGAAGUUGCAGACGAACUCAUCCGAGAUGGAGGAUGUUCCCCGGGAACAGCUGGAGAGAUGUUCGAUGUGGGCCAAGUUUUCGGCGGCCAUGCAGCAUUGA